AUGGCCCAGCCCCCACCUCUGGGCCCUAGACCCCCCUCAGAGCCCUUCAGUCACCCUCCCGGAGCCCCUAGGGAACUGGACGCUACUGGAGACGCAUAUGGAGAGGAGAGCAUCAGGUCAGAACAGGCCCGGAAGCUGGGACAGGACUCCUUGGACCCUCCAGAGCGGUUCCGGGCUGGGCCGAGGGGCCCAGAGCCUGUUGCUGACCUCCCCAGGUUGCCAGUGCCCUCUUCUCUUGAGGAGUCAGCUGGAGCCAAACACCUAGAGCACCCCAUCUCUGGCCGGGAGAUAUUGGAGGCUGAGCAGGACAGUCUGCAUCUUUGUCUUCUGGGGCUGAACCUCUGGCUGCAGGACUGGGAGCGAGGCCUGGGGCCCUGCAUGUCAGCCCAGAGCAGGAUGGUCCAGCUGCAGGCACUACAGGCAGACCUACGUGGGGCAGCUGAGCGUUUAGAUGCACUGCUGGUGUUCGGUGAGGGGCUGGUGCAGCGCAAUGAGCCUCAGGCCCGGGCAGCCCUGGAGCAGGUCCUGAGGGCCUUCAGAGCCCACCAAAACAGCAUCUUCUGGCAGCUGUGGCGGCUGCAGGCCCAGCUGGUCAGCACCAGCCUGGUGUUGGAGGAGGCCAGCACACUGGAACAGGACUUGGAGUUUGAGGGGGACUCAGAUGGGCCGGGCCCUGGUGGGGUCUGGGGGCCCUGGGCACCCAGUAGCCUCCCCACACCAGCAGAGUUGGAAUGGGACCCGGCGGGGGACAUUGGGGACCUUGAGCCUUUGGGGCGAAGGACAAAGCCCCGGAUGCCAGGGGCUUCUUGUGAGCUGUGUGGCCACAGGGGCCCCCAGAGCAGAGCACAAAGCCUGGAGGACAUGCUCAUGUCGGGCCUCAGCCGCCGGAAGCACGUAGCAGGUCACCAAAGACAACCCCUGCUCCGGAAGUCUCGAGACAGGAUGAGGCAAGCGUCUUCCAGUCUCCAAGAUGUGAUACUGGAGGCGGACCCUGGAGCGCCCACUCCUGCAUCCAGGCGACCUCUGACCUUCUUCCAUCUCCUCCUCCUCUUCCUUUUCCUGGUGGGUAUCACAUUGUUCCUGCCCACAUCAGGGGGUUCCUGCUGCUCUCCUGCCCAACUGAUCAGGAUACCUUACCUGGAAUUCAGCUAUGUGAAUGGUCCCCCUCCAAUGUAA